AUUUAGAAACAGUUUCAUAGAGUCACUGAUUCAGCAGUCUCUGCUCAGCCUGCUUGUCUAAAACUGGCCUCAGUCCCAAACCCCACCUCUGAGAGCUUUACUCAGUUCUAGGAAAUCAGCACAGUGGUCUCAUUUCUUGUGAAAUCGUCAGUCUGUCUGUCCCACUGCAGCAGAAAUGGCAGAAGCAAAUAUUCUUGUAGCACAUGACCAGUUUAGCUGUUCAGUGUGUCUGGAGCUAUUGAAGGACCCAGUCGCUAUUCCAUGUGGACACAGUUACUGUAUGGGGUGUAUUAAGAACUGCUGGGAUCAGACUGAUCAUACAGGUGUCUACAGCUGCCCCCAGUGCAGAGAGACCUUUACCUCAAGGCCUGUUCUGCGCAGAAACACCGUGCUGGCUGAAGUCGUGGAGGAAUUAAAGAAGACAGGACUCAAUCCUCCUCCUGCUGAAAGUUAUGCUGGACCUGGAGAUGUGCCGUGUGAUUUCUGCACUGGGACAAAGUUCAAAGCUGUGAAAUCCUGUUUGACGUGCCUGGCCUCUUACUGUGAAACACACGUCAAGCCACACUAUGAGGGGGCUGCUUUCAAGAGGCACAAGCUGGUCAAUGCAACUGGAAAUCUGGAGCAGAAGCUUUGUGCUGAACACCAAAAGGUUUUGGAGGUCUUCUGUAGAACCGAUCAGACGUGUAUUUGCGUGUUGUGUACAGAAGAUGAACACAAGAGCCAUGAUACAGUCUCAGCUAAGAAAGAAAGGACUGGGAAACAGGUAAGGGUUUGAACCAUUUCCUUGUAG